UUCCUUUCACAUGUCGGCCGCGGUGUACGCCCCAUCACCUAGUCCUCGACAACGAAGCUCUCCUCAUCCUCGGAGGCACUAUAAACAUCCUAUGACUACCUCCUCAAUGUCAGCAUCUCUCGUGAGGCAAUCUAUGAGCACACCAAGGACCUCACCGGUUGGAGGAGAGAGAGCGAGACAACAACCCCCGAGAAGAUUCCCUGUGGCGGAUCGUCACAUCGAGAGCGUUAUCAUUCUCAUUCACUAUGAUAAGGAUAUCCCCGAUAGCCGAUCGUAUAUGGAGUUUGAUUCUAUUAGAAGUGCUAUGGACGGUAUCUGCCACCUGUACGAGUCAGCGUUGAGCGACGCAUUGACCAGUAAGAGGGAUGGUACGUUACCGCCGUUUGAGGGCGAGAGAAGACGGAAGAGUGUCAACUAUAAUGCACAGGAUUUGUUCAAUUACAUCGACAGUAUGGCUACAAUGAAGGCUCUCAUAUCACAUAGGACAACGGACGGCACCCAGCGGGUCUCGAAGAAUGACGUCGGGGGCUCGCUACUCCCGCGGGACAUCCAAUGGAUCAAGGACAACCUCAUAAAGCAUCUUCGCAGUCAGUUGGAUACUCCCUCUUUGCCAUUCCACCCGUCUACUAGUGCUUGAGAUGACAUGAGAUAAUUUCUCAUA